UAUAAAACGGCUUAAAUCACAAGAUGUUCCAAACAUCAUUAGUCUCUUCGGAUAAAAUGACAGCGUUACGAUUUCUUACACUAUUCCUCUGUUUUAGUACGUUUUGCCACUGGGGGUUAAGCCUAAGGAUUAUAGGAGGACAUCCAGGUGAAGUCCCUUCCCAGGUUAGUUUAAGAUGGAAGGCCAAUUCGAUGUUUCUUUGCGGUGGUGUUACAUUAACCCCCGUCUACAUAUUAACAGCAACGCACUGUGUUGGAGAACUAAACGAUCAGAAUGUAACCUCCCCGAUUGAUCCCGAUGCCAUAUUCGUCGUGGCCGGGCAAACGGAAAUGGAGGUAACAGCAAACAGUAUUAGGCGAGACGUCGAUAAAAUUGUUACACAUAGCCGUUACAAUGAUACGACUGCGUGGAGAAUGAUAUCGCAAUGCUGAAGCUGGAUAGACAGCUGCCACUAAGUGCAAAUUCACCGAUUAACUCGAUUCAAUUAAACACUGAUGCUUUAAAGGUCGGCGAGACUUGUGUUGCUUCAGGAUGGGGAAGCACGUCGCCGACUUCUGCAUUGAGCGACAAAUUGAUGUUGGUUGAUCUACAGAUUAUUUCCCAGAGUGUGUGCUCGGAUAAGUACAAUGAAUUAAAGAUUAAGUUAUACCCUGGGAUGUUUUGCGCUGGAUCGCCUAAUGGGGAUAAAGAUGCUUGCUCGGGUGAUUCCGGAGGGCCACUGGUUUGUCAAGGAAAUUUAGUAGGGAUUAUUUCCAGUGGAAGACAAUGCGGAGAUAUCAGAUUUCCUGGUGUAUACUCAGAUGUUGCGUUCUUCGGAAAUUGGAUUCAAGGUGCAAUGAAGUUAAUGGACUAAAAGCAUAGUGCGUAAAUCAAACACCUAUGUAUAAUGUUAACUCAAAAGCAUUCACAUUCUUUUAUAUAUCCUUAUUAAAGUACUCAGGUAUAACUACA